UUCGGUUUUGCGUCAUUAGCCCCCGAACUGUGGCACAAGACAGUGUAGGCCAAGCUGAGUAUGAUUCAGUAUGGAUUUCGAUACUACCGGGUGUUUCUUGGUCCUGUUGUCGUUUACCAUUAAUUUUAUGUGGGGAUGUGUUUUCAAAAGUCUAGGCGUGUUGUUGCCGACGCUGACGGAGCAAUUCACCACGCACACAUGGAUCAUUGGAACAAUUGCAUCAAUAACAGCAGCUACUGCAGAUAUUGGAGCUAUUCUAACCAUGGCCCUGGAAGAACGAUUCAGCUAUCGCCCUUUGUUAAUCGUCGGUAGUGUGGUAUUCAGCGUAGGCUUGCUUUUGGUUCCUCUUUCAUCAAGUACUAUUCACAUAGCCCUGGCAUUGGCAACUCUUGUAGGACCAAGCAUGGGAAUUAUCACUCUCUUGGUUAAUGUCCUACAAGCACGACACUUCCAAAGGCGUUACACUUUGGCCUGUGGGAUUGGCCAUGUCGGAAAUGCAGUUGCCUUUCUUGCUUUUGCACCGAUGACGCAGCUUUUCCUCGACACCUACGGUUGGAGAGGAGCGGCGCUGCUUAUUGCUGGAAUCAGUAUGCAUCAGAUUGCUAGCGCAGCCGUUGUCAGGGUCACCAAAGCACAGUACGAGCCUCUUACCGAUAGCUUAGAUAACCACCAGGAUGACACCGACAAGGAAGGAUGCAGCAGUCGUGGCAAGAAAUCUUGUCUUCAUCUCCUUAAAGCUAUAGAUCUCGGAAUACUGACAGAGUUCAAGUUUUGGAUUGCAUUUAUGUGUCGAUUCGGAGUGACUUGUGCAUUCGAUUCUUGGAUGUUGUAUUACGUUCCUCAUUUAGAAGUCAAGGGCUUCCCGCCCCUUGUGGCUGCCGCACUUUGCUCGGCAGCUGCCGUCGGAUAUUUUCUCGGGGCAAUCGUCUGGGCGCCAUUCAUCGACCGAGACAUGGUGAAAUGCUCAACAGCGAUAAUCAUCAGCAGCCUAUUUCUGACUCUCUCGUUCGUCGUGGAUCCCUGGGUGACUGACAUUCCUAGCUGUGUAUUCGUCACCUUCGUCUGUGGGUUGUUCGCCUCAGCAGUGUAUACACUCGUUGACGUCUUGGUCAAAGACAUCUUUGAAAUGGAUCGACUUGUGAGCGCGUUCGCAUGGGUUAAGUUCUUCCUCUUCGUACCCAGACUUUUUGGCGGGUUCGUACCUGGUUGGGUAUACGACACCAGAGGAAGCUACGACUUGGCGUUUAUUGUGAUCGGCCUGGUACCAACGAUCUGCCUCGUCCCUCUGAUUAUUGGGAUACUGCGGAAGACAACAAAAGGCUUGUAAAGGGGCGUCUAUACUGCAGAGGCAAUUAUUCUACGUUCCUACCUCUUGGGAACGAGUUCACAAAAUCGUAUAGUACUAACCUCGUCUCCAUGGCCUCGAGCAGCUCGAUACCACUAGCUUUCUCUCGUCCUUAUAAUCACACCCAAAACAAUUCUGGAUGUUACAACUGAAUGCAUAAUAGUCUGGUGUCUUUACAACACCGCGAUUUAUUUAUUUAUUGUGUGAUCGGGCACGACCCAAUCAUUGUUAUAGAAUUGUUUGGAAAAAAAUGUUUCUUUCUUUUCGUCUAUUUUUCCGACCAAUUAUUCUAUGUGGGUUUUAACCAACAUCAUCCCAGAUCCAAAGGUGUGGACAUUACUCCUACGUUAUGAUGACGUCAUCGGGUAUGCACGCGAUUCUAGUUGAAACAGUGACAAAAUGAACAAAAUAAUCAACAAGGUUUGUAAUUUGUCAUUAGAUAGCUAAUUACUUGAUAUUUGUUUUGUUGUGUACGUAAAGUCGUUUGACUUUUUCUUCCGGGGCAACCGGAAGGUCAAAAUUAGGUGAAUUCAAAAUAAAAACAUGAGCCUCGAAUCAAAACAAACCAAAAUUUCUUCCAAACGGUUCAUGGGAUGAGGAUCAAACCUGAUAUGAAUUUGAACCCAGGUCCGAAGAUGUGAACAGUUUGUGAUGUAACCAUUACGUCAUCAUGUAUCAUAUUACAAGUGAUAUACUUUCAAAAUUUGAAUAAUUAUUUUCAACCAUAUCUUUUCAAGUGAUUGGAGAACCGUUCUCCGGCAUUGUUUCAGAUCAGUUAGACAUUGCCUCAUUACAAGCAAUAUGAUUCCUGGGCACAAAGUCGCUUGAUCUUUACUUUCGGUGUUCCCAGCAGUGCAAUGAAAAUUGAAUAUAACCUGAAAACGGAAGCAUUUUACUUCAGA